AUGGCCAAGUUGUUUUUAAAAAAAACUCGACAUUUUACUACCAACUUAAACAGCGCCAACAUGUUUGGAGUAGCACCCAAGGUGAAUGCAUCAGAAGCGGCAACCAACAGAAAAUUGGUUCGUAAAACUGCAUUUCAGUUUGUAGGAAUCAUGGCAUCUCUUCAACUCUUACCAUUUGCAAUCGAAUUUGUAGCAAGACAGUUUGCCUAA